ACCGGGAUUUAACCGACCAAACACACGAUCGUGUCUCCUACUGCACACUCUAUCGUUAGCGGUACCAGUCUCCGCAAACUGGCCUGCGUGUUCAUUUAUUUUGUGCCUUUUUUAGCAGCAAAGAAACAGCGCAGCUCCGCACAUCGAGAUGUCUUUUUCUAUUGUUCAAAUUAAAAGAAAAUCGGAGCCCGUGAGCAAGCCCGUGGAGGAGAAAGUGGCGAAGGAGUACUUCUUCACGGAGCUGGACACCACUGCGACCUGCCUCAUCUGCAGACAGAAGGUUUUAUUCAAGGAGUUCAAUAUGAAGAAGCACUACGACGCAAAACACGCGGAAAAGUAUAACCCGUACCAGGGCCUAAAGAGGAAGAUGAUGUACGAUCAGCUUCAGAGAGAGUUUAAGGGCUUUUCACCGCUGGCUCCUGGCAUAAGAAGAGAGGCUGAACCCAAACGGUGUUCCGCAGACAUGCCAAGUCUGAAGCUGAUAUCUGCGACCGACACACAGUACUCAGCAGCUGUGCUGAAGAACAUGAAUGAGCAGCGGAGCCAUGGAUUAUUUUGCGACAUCACUAUUAUCAUACAGGACAAGAAGUUCAGAGCUCACAAAACCAUCCUGUCUGCCUCGAGUACGUAUUUCCACCAGCUGUUUACCGUCGCUGGGCAAGUGAUCGAACUAAACUUCAUCAAGCCCGAGAUCUUUGAGCAGAUUCUCAACUAUAUUUACAGCUCAAAGAUCAUCCGAGUCCGCUCUGACAUGCUCGAGGAGCUCAUAAAUGCUGGGCAGAUACUGGGAGUCAAGUUCAUUGCAAACUUGGGUUCACCAUUAUCACAAGUUAAGGGCCUGCCUGGUUUGUCUAAGGAGGUGGAAAGUAAGAGUGACACGUCCACAGAGAUGAUGCCGAUCAUCACAGAGUCCUUCUCAAUAUCUGCAGAGGAGUUCAAUCAGGUGAACAAGCCUGCAGGUAAUGAGGAGGACUCAGACAACGAUGUUCUAUUUGUCUCGCAAACAGACGCUCACAACAAAGUGGCCAACUCUGGUGAGGUCAUUGAUUUGGAGAAAGCAGAUUCAGAAAAUGCCCCAUCAAGCCAAAACGUAGAAUCAAAUCAUAUGGUGUCAAAACAUGAAGACAAAGUUACCACCCCCUCAAAACCAUGUGCAGCAAAUCCUCCCAACAUCAGCUGUUCUAAGCCAAGUUUAACAGACAGGAGCCCUCUGCAGAGUCCAGACAGCAGCUCCAACAACUCAUCUUCCCCUGCUAGAGUUUCCUCAGGAAGUGCUCCCUCAACACCAGCCAGAAUAAGCAAUUUGACCCCAGAGCCAUCGAGUGCCUCUCAGCCCUCUGAAAAUAGUGACAUAAUGGGAGUCCACAAGAAGCACGUCUCUACUUCAACUCAGCAGGGCAACUUCAGAAUAAGACUCUCAGAUAUGUCGGAAAGCUCGGCAGUUCAAACCAACGUUCCCAAAUCUGCUAUAACGGGUAAAAAGACAGUGACACUCAGCACAGCCACGGAAAUUGAUUCAUUUUCUUCAGGCUGUAAGGUGUAUGCCAAUAUUGGAGAAGAUACAUAUGACAUUGUCCCAGUGAAAGAAGAUCCAGGCGAAGGAGGCUCCAAAGCCAAUAAAGGGAAGAGAGCUUUUAUGGCGACGCCGUUGAAACCCUUCGAUAAAACACCCGUGUCACCCAAGGCAGGACCAAACAAAAAGAGGACCAAAACAGAGCUCGAGGAUCACUACGAGCUAAUCAUGGACGGAAAGACUUUCUACGUGUGCAUUGUCUGUAAACGGCCCUAUGUGUGUUUGCCGAGUCUGCGUCGUCACUUCAACACCCACUCGUGGGAAAAGAAAUACCCGUGUCGUUACUGCAAUAAGGUGUUUGCCCUCGCAGAGUACAGAACUAAACAUGAAAUCCACCACACAGGAGAGAGGAGGUACCAGUGCUUGUUGUGCAAUGAAAUGUUUAUAAACUACCAGUUACUCUCUGCUCACUGCAAGCAAGUCCACAAUCAGGAUCCCUGUGGGAGGAAAGAGAAAGAUGAUGGCCCCAACAACUUGUACCGCCUGCUGCCAUGUAAAACGGUGCAGAUGAAGUCGUACUCAUGGACUACAGAUGGGCCAGGGGUCCCGGUGAUAUCCGAGGAUGGCAGCGUGCAUCACAUAACCUCAGUCGGUGAAGCGGUCCACUCGUCCACCCAAAGCAGGAUGUUGAACUGGGACGACAUCUUCGUCGAACCCGACGCUCACAUGCCACCUAACAGUCGCGCACAACCGGAGUCGACUAUGAACACGCCUCCACAGGGUGCAACGGAGUACUACUAAGCACAGCAGGCGCCACUCCUUAUCAUAUGUGCCUUUUAGGUGAACCUCCCCCAUUUUUUCUUUGGUUCCACAUUAACAAUAUUUCAUGUAAUUCUUAAUAGUGUCAGCUGUAAGGUAUGGUCGCAUUAGUCUGUCAGUUUGAUGAAAUUAGUGGACUAAUACUGUAGUAAUAACACAGUUAUUAAGUUUCCCAGUGUGUGUGAGUUGCAACGUGCAAGAGCCGGCAUCAAAUCAGGAAAGUAAUUUGUCUUUAUAAGUGAAGAAAUAUAGAGCGAAUGGUGUAAUGUGACUGUACCUUUGCUCAUGUUACUCUGCUUUUUUUUUAAUAGCCAUGGUUUUUUAUAUCACUCAGAUACAUUACAAUGACAUUAGCAAAGAAAUAGAAGUGGUUAAAACAAAGUAGAAAUGGAGAGUUUCGAUGAAUGAAAAAAAAAAAAAAAUUAUUUAAUUUUCACAGUUUGAAGUCACUGCUGUUCUCGGCUCAAAUGUAUACUGAUGCUCUGUGUCUGUAUCACCCAGAAAAUUUCAGCUAAAGGUGCUGAAGUACAAAUAAAUGUUUGUGUGUGUGUGUUUUUUUUUUUUGUUUGUUUGUUUUUUGUUUUUAAUGUCGCAUUCUCUUAAUUCUGAAAUGACAUUAAGCUGCGGCCUGUUUGAUAAAAUAGAAAUGGGGUUACCUAUUUAACUGAGGUAUGAUACCUCUUUUUUUUUUUUUUAAAUGUGUGUGUAUGUGCAGCCAGUUUUUGGUACAUUACACAUGAAAUAAUGAAUUUUCAGGACUGAUCAUUCCCAUUUUUGAUUUAAAUCUAAUUCUGUACAAGAGAAUGUUGAAUAUGAACUGAAAUAUAUUUGUAUUUUGCCAUCCUGGGUAUGCAGUUAUUUAAUUUUUGUAGCACACUGAAAAAGAAACUUUUUCUGUCUAUUAAAGGGGACCUAUUAAGAUUUCCCUGUCAAACGUGUACUGUUAUAAUGAUGGCUGGUCAUAUUUAACAGAGUGAGUGUGUAAUCAUUCAUCAUCCACAUAUAAUAGUCUGUGUCCCACCAGUGGGGCGAGCUAAAUCAGCUUGUUUCAGGCUAAUGCCCAGUAUAAGAAAUGCGACUAUAAGUAAUAAGGAUGAUUUUGAAUUGUGAGUCAUGCAAAACUACUCUAGUAUGGAGCUGGAAAUGAGCAAAAUAGGUCCCCUUUAAAUGCUUUCUGUUAUUUUUUUAUUUCUGUCAAUUGCCAUGCCACCUCCCUUCAUUUAAAAUGACAAAAUCUGCCCGGCUACAUGUACAAUGCUAGAUUUCUCCUAUGUGUGUGAUGAUAGGAUGGAAAUAAACUGAUUAUUACAGUCCAUAGCUAUAGCACUAUAGCACUAUAUAUAUAGCUAUAGCACUCAGUCAGGCAGAGGAUGUUUUCUAAUAUGUUAUAUUUUUUCCGCUCUUUUCCAUUGUGUCUGAGGGUUAGUGAUUGGUUAGUACAAGUAGUGCUAACAGGGGAAUCUGUUCUUUGUCAUGUCAUCAUCCAGGUUUUCUUUUUAAUAAACAGA